AUGAACUGGGAUGGCGAUCAAAGCAAUUAUCAUAAACACCAUAUGACGGGCCUUUCUCAGGCUCAAGCUCAUCCAUUCCCGCACAUGUCCCCAAGCCAUGAUUGGAGGUGGAGUGGGGAUGCAAGAGCAUCAACAUCGAAUUGGAAUGCUGCUUCGUCUUCCCACGCUACGCCAUCUGUCAGUGGAGAUUUUCACUGGAAUGCACCAUCUCCAACAAAGGCUGUCAAUGCGACUUCGACUAUCUUCGACAAUCCUACUCCAAGUCCCAGUCUGAAUUAUUCUCCCGAAACGACACCAACUUUCUUCUCACAUGUUGAUCGCAUCUCGCCGGGGAGUCAGUCUGCGGACUUCCCAGAUCAAGCAAACCAGGAGGAGGAUACCUGCAAUAACGAAGUCUACAAUCGAGCCCUCAGUCAUCAGCCCCAUGGCCGUCUUCAAACUACACGCAAGAGGUCCAGAAUAUCCCAGCGGUAUGUUAUUUCUUAUGUUUUUUAUUUUCUCGAUUCCCUUGAUACUUGCCUCGACAACGCAAUUUGUAUUAGUAUAUGA